AAUGAAAAGAAUUUGGACAGCGAUGUAAAACGCGUGAUCAUGAGAAGGUGAGUGGAGCUGGUAAAACGAAUGAGGGAACCAUUCAGACAACGAGGAGGACGACAACGAAGAGACACAGACAAAUAGAAAUAGAAAUAAUAAUAAUACAUUCAAUCUUUAUUAUUAUUAUUUAUAUAUUCAUUUUAUCGCCUUUUCGGAUCGAGUUCUACAGGUUGUUGAUAUAUAUAUAUAUAUAUAUGCUGGUUUGGAAAUUGUAUAGAGAGCAUAAUACUUGAACAAAUGAUUGAUAGUUGUUGAGGUGGGUUUUGAGUAAUGGAUUCAGCUAGGAGUUGGUUACAGAAGUUUCAGCCUUCCAAUAGGAAAAAGGAUUCAGCUACCAUGGGAAAAGAAGAUUCAACACCCUUAUCGGCUGAAGAAGCCUCGAAUAUUACCAAACAGAAGGCUGCAGCAGCAAAACAAUAUAUAGAGAACCAUUACAAGGAGCAGAAGAAGAGCCUGCAGGAGAGGAGGGAGCGACGAAAUUUACUGGAGAAGAAGUUGGCUGAUGCUGAUGUCUCUGAGGAAGAUCAAAACAACCUACUAAAGUUCUUGGAGAAGAAGGAAACUGAAUACAUGCGUCUUCAGAGGCAUAAAAUGGGUGCUGAUGAUUUUGAGUUACUGACCAUGAUUGGAAAGGGUGCAUUCGGGGAGGUCAGAAUUUGUAGUUCCAGGGAAAAGACAACUGGUUCUGUUUAUGCAAUGAAAAAGCUUAAGAAAUCAGAGAUGCUUCGUAGGGGCCAGGUUGAGCAUGUGAAAGCUGAAAGAAAUCUGCUUGCGGAGGUGGAUAGCAAUUGCAUUGUCAAACUCUAUUGUUCUUUCCAAGAUGAUGAGUUUCUGUAUCUGAUAAUGGAAUAUCUACCUGGUGGAGAUAUGAUGACUCUACUUAUGAGAAAGGAUACACUGACUGAAGAUGAGGCCAGAUUUUAUGUUGCAGAAACAGUUUUGGCUAUUGAAUCAAUUCAUAAACAUAAUUACAUUCAUAGAGACAUCAAGCCUGAUAACUUACUGCUUGAUAAAUAUGGUCACUUGAGACUAUCAGAUUUUGGACUAUGUAAACCUUUAGAUUGCAACACUCUCCAAGAGAAUGCUUUUUCUAUGGGGGACAGCAGAACUUUGCAAAAUAGUGAACACUCUUUAGCUCCAAAGCGCACCCAGCAAGAGAAAUUGCAGCAUUGGCAGAAAAACAGGAGGAUGCUUGCUUAUUCUACUGUUGGUACACCUGAUUACAUCGCUCCAGAAGUUCUGUUGAAGAAAGGUUAUGCGAUGGAAUGUGAUUGGUGGUCUCUUGGUGCUAUUAUGUAUGAAAUGCUCGUGGGAUAUCCGCCUUUUUAUUCUGAUGAUGCUAUGUCGACAUGUAGAAAGAUAGUAAACUGGAGAACCAAUCUAAAAUUUCCUGAUGAAGCAAGGUUAUCCCUGGAAGCAAAAGAUCUUAUUAGUAAAUUACUGUGUAAUGUCAACCAGAGGCUAGGUUCAAAAGGUGCAGAUGAAAUAAAGGUCCAUCCAUGGUUCAAAGGUGUUGAUUGGGAUAGAAUAUACCAAAUGGAGGCCGCAUUCCUUCCCGAGGUCAAUGAUGAGUUGGAUACUCAAAACUUUGAGAAGUUUGAGGAGGCAGACAACCAAACUCAAUCAUCAUCAAAAUCAGGUCCAUGGAGAAAGAUGCUCUCAUCUAAGGACAUUAACUUUGUAGGGUAUACAUAUAAAAACUUUGAAAUUGUCAAUGAUUAUCAAGUGCCUGGGAUGGCUGAAUUGAAGAAGAAAAACACCAAACCAAAGAGACCAACCAUCAUGUCACUCUUUGAGGAAGAGUCUGAGUCAGAUACAUCAGAUGCUGCUGCUUCUAAUGCCUCGCGAGGGAGUUUUGAAUCUGUAAAUCAGAAAGAAUCUGCUUGAAAUUGCUGGAUUUCGUGACCUAUUCGACUUUCAAGUGAAUAAUUUUGUUCAUCGAUUACCAUUUUGUACGUGUGGAUUAGAUAAUUAGUUUGGCUGGAAGGUCUGAUUCAGAGUUUGAUGUGGAAAGCCCAGAGCCCCUAGAGGUGCUGGCUUUUGAAGGUGUACUAAUCUGCGCAGAUGAAAGCCCUUAGUUGUUGGUUUUUUAGUUAAUUUUUUCCAGGAGAGAAGUGAGGUGGAAAUACUAAUUUAUUUGAUACGUAAUUUAAUUUAAUUUUUUUUCACCCUUUUUAGUUCCUGAUUAUAAAAUGUUGUAUACGGAAAAAAGGUCUUCCCCCAUUUUAUUUUCUGAUUGUAAAAUGUUGUAAAAGAUCUUCAGUCUUAUGGGCUAAAUUUGUUAGUGUUUUGCUUUUCAAAGGUUUUGAGAUAUUUGAAUGCAGAUGAAUGAGAUUGUGGACAA